GCACUAAAAUUAUAACUAUGUAUAUGGUGAUUAGCAAUUUUUGAGAACGAUAUUUUACAGGGCAUCGAUCACUUCGAAGACAUCGGUCCGUGUGUGAUCAUGGCGUCGCCAGGCAUGAUGCAGUCCGGGCUGUCGCGUGAGCUCUUCGAGUCCUGGUGCACGGACCCCAAGAACGGUGUCAUCAUUGCAGGGUACUGCGUGGAGGGCACGUUGGCGAAGACGAUCCUGUCGGAGCCGGAGGAGAUAACCUCGAUGUCGGGACAGAAGCUGCCGCUGAAGAUGUCGGUGGACUACAUCUCCUUCUCCGCGCACACUGACUACCAGCAGACCUCAGAGUUCAUCAACAUACUGAAGCCGCCGCACGUCGUCCUGGUGCACGGGGAGCAGAACGAGAUGUCUCGGCUGCGCGGGGCACUGCAGCGCGAGCACCGCGGCCGGCUGCUGGUGCACACGCCCCGCAACACGCAGCUCCUCACCCUCGCCUUUCGCGGAGACAGGACCGCCAAGGUCAUGGGCUCGCUG